AGUCAGCCCAUGGCGCUGCUGGACCAGGCGGCGGCGGCGCCGAGAGCCAACAAGAGGGCGAAAGUGGCGGCGGAGGAAGAGGAGGAGGUCGACGACGAGCCGCGGUUGCGUUCGACGCCGGCGGCGGCGAAGGUGUCCCGGCUGACGGUGUGGUGCAAGUCGCUGGUGUUCCACGGCGACGGGUACGCGGUGUUCGACGACGCGGACGGGCGGAUGGUGUUCCGCGUGGACAACUACGCCGGCCGCGGCAGCAUGGCGCUGAUGGACCACGCCGGCCGCGUCCUCCUCACCGUCCGCCGCCGCCGCCAUUGCAGGGCGCUGCUGAGCUUGGUGGAGACAUGGGAGGUGUACAAGGGCGACGCCGACGACGGCGACACUUCCCAAGAUGAGCCCCAUCGUCUCAUGAUGAGGGCCACCAAGGACGUGGGCAACUCGAGCUGCACCGUGUCCAUGCUGGCCGCCGGCGCCGGCGACGGCGACGAACCGGCGUGCGGCCAUGGGCGCUACCGCAUGAGCUGGUCUCGCCGGGAAGAGUGGUCUAGGGUUCAUCGCUCCGGUUCUGCCAACUCCCUCGUCGCCGAGGUGAGAAGGAAGCGAGGAGGACCGAGGAAGACGACGUUGCUUGGGAAGGACGUGCUGUCGCUGACGGUGCAGCCUGGGAUGGACAAGGCCGUCGCCAUGGCCAUGCUUAUGAUCUCCAACUCCUACCGGUGACAAGACGACCACUCAGUUAGCUAGAGGGAUGCAUUGCAACAAACAAACUCAUACAACAGGAUGUGAUCGACCGAGGUUGAUAAUGGCUGUGUUCUUUCGUUGUUGAUACAUGAAAGAUUGUCUAAUUUUUGUAAUAACUAUUUAAAAGUAUAAACAAUAGAAAGAUAAUACGA